UUUUCCAUGUUCAUCACGCCCGAUGAAUAUGUUGAUGAUGAUGAUGAUGAUGUCAUCUUAGACACAGAUCCAAACGGUAUCAAUGAUCAGGCCAGAAAUUGAUGGUCGUACAACAACAAAUUGAUAAGACAACGAUAUUUUAUUCGAUAUAAUAAUCAGGAGAAAGAAAAAACAUCGACUGAUUGAUUGUUUUUUAUUGAAAGAAAAAAAACUGCGCCAUUUUUAUUGCUUUCCACAAUAAACAGAGCAAAAAUAAAAGAAUGUCGAAACUUUUGUCCAACAUUUCAUUUGCCAGUAAAGUUGUGCUUAUAACAGGUGCAAGCAGUGGUAUUGGUCGUGAAACAGCCAUACAUUUUAGUCGUCUUGGUGCACAUCUUUGUCUUACUGGUCGUAAUAAUGAACGUUUACAACAAACCAUUGAAGCAUGUCGUCAACAACGACAGAAUUCAGAACAGAAAAUUAUCAGCCAUGUUGGCGAUAUUGGUAGCAAUGAUCAAAAAGCUGUUAAAGAAUUGAUGGAUAAAACGAUUGCCGAAUAUAAUCGUUUAGAUGUAUUGGUCAAUAAUGCCGGUAUCAUUGAAAUGGGAACAAUUGAAACCACAUCAUUGGAUCAAUAUGAUCGUGUUAUGAAUCUAAAUCUUCGGGCUAUUUAUCAUUUAACAAUGUUGGCUGUACCAUAUUUGAUCCAAUCAAAAGGCAAUAUUGUUAAUGUAAGCUCAGUGAAUGGUAUACGUAGUUUCCCAGGUGUAUUGGCUUAUAAUAUCUCAAAAGCUGGCCUCGAUCAAUUAACACGUUGUACAGCAUUGGAAUUGGCCAGUAAAGGUGUACGUGUUAAUUCAGUUAAUCCAGGUGUUGUCGUUACAAAUAUACAUAAAGCAAGUGGCCUUAAUGAUGAACAAUAUCAACGAUUUUUGGAACAUUCAAAAACCACCCAUGCAAUUGGACGUGUUGGUGAUGUUGCUGAAAUUGCAUCGGCAAUUACAUAUUUGGCAUCAGAUUCAGCUACAUUUAUUACCGGUGCAUCAUUACCGGUUGAUGGUGGUCGUCAUGCUAUGUGUCCACGAUGAUGAUCAAAUGAUGAUGAAUGAAAUGAAUGAAUGGAAAAAUUUUUUAAAAAUAAAAUUUCAACUA